UUCUUGCCUACAGCCUCCUCCUCCUCCUCCUGCCGCUGCUCAUCAAGACUCCAAUCCAGGCUCCAGAGUCAAGCCAACGCUCUCUGUGUCUCACUGUAUAUUUUUUUGUUUUCUUUCUUCCUUCUCGCUGACCUUUAGGUAUUGCUAAUUAUGGCUUUGUGCGCCACCGAUACGGCUCGGGAGCUGGCGUGCCGCGACGGCCGGGCCGCUGCCCAUCUCAAGCUGCUCUCGAUCUUCAUCAUAUUCGUGACCAGCGUCGCCGGCAUAUCGUCGCCGGUUAUGCUGGCGCGGCUGUUCCAGGGCAAGCCGGUGUACGACAAGGCCAUCCUAAUAAUCAAGUGCUUCGCUGCCGGAGUGAUUCUCUCGACCUCGCUCGUCCACGUCCUCCCCGACGCCUUCGGCGCGCUCUCCGAUUGCCAGGUGGCGUCGCGGCACCCCUGGAAGGACUUUCCCUUCUCCGGUCUCAUCACCUUGAUCGGUGUCCUCACCGCUCUACUCGUCGACCUGAGCGCUGCCUCGCACGUCAAUAGCCACAGCCACGGCCAUUACGAGCCAAUCGGCACGAGCGAGAAGAAGAAAUCGGCGGAGAGCGGCGUGGAGAUGGCGGUUGUCGGCGAGAUGCAGCAGGAGGAGAUGCUGAAGAUGAAGCAGAGGCUGGUGUCUCAGGUGCUGGAGAUCGGGAUAAUAUUCCACUCGGUGAUCAUCGGCGUGACGAUGGGGAUGUCUCAGAACAAGUGCACCAUCCGGCCGCUCGUCGCCGCCCUCGCUUUCCACCAGAUCUUCGAAGGCAUGGGCCUCGGAGGCUGUAUUGCUCAGGCGGGAUUCAGCUUCGGGACAACGGCAUACAUGUGCUUCAUGUUCUCGGUGACAACUCCGAUGGGAAUAGCGUUGGGGAUGAUCAUCUUCUCAUUGACCGGCUACGACGACAACAGCCCCAAUGCCUUGAUUUUGGAAGGGCUGUUGGGUUCCCUAUCUUCGGGAAUACUUAUAUACAUGGCUCUGGUGGAUCUCAUUGCCCUGGACUUCUUCCACAGCAAGCUCAUGAGCUCGGAGGCAUGGCUGAAGAAGGUGUCCUUCGUUGCCCUUGCUCUGGGCUCUGCCUCCAUGUCAAUCCUCGCUCUUUGGGCCUAAAAAUUAAGCCUCUUCUUCAUUGCAGAUGCAGUGCAAAAAAGUCACUACUACUUUUGUACAUCCCAUAUCGGCCUCAAUGGACAAUGGAUCCUAUCAAUUGAUCCGCCAAGGGUCCAAGUAGUAUUUUGUUGUCUGUGCGGAUGCGAUAAUGUUUAACCUAAUUUAAAGUUGUCACACCAUCAAUUGUUGGGUGGUUUACUCC